ACCUCUCUUUUCCUUUCUUAUUACGAAAACAUCUCCUCUCCUUUACCCCGUUCGACCUACUCCGACCUCUUUCUUUCUGGCACUGUUUUUCAAUAGUUAGUCUGCUUUGCGACCACGAUCCGUAAACGUCGGGAACACCACUCUUCCGUUUUAUCUCGUGUGUUAUUUACGUUUCUGCAUCCGGAACGUCCCAUCGUCAAAAUUUUCAAGUAAUAUUUGUUACGGAGUAAUCGUGUCGAGGAACUCCGAUCCUCUUAAAGGACUUUUAGGCAGUUUCCACAUAGUCAAGAUACGAUAAAGUGCAAUUGUUUUAGCGACGGGCAUAACGGGCCGAGGACACGUUGGUUGAAUUUUCCGUGGACAAUUCGCGCACGUUGAUCGAGAGUAGCUGCUAAUCAGCCGGUCGCUGGAGGAAGGAGGAGAGACAGGUCAGCCGUUUAUCGAGCGAGCAACAGAGAAAGAGAGGGAGAAAUGGCCCCCACCCACGGACGCGAGGAAAUAGAGGGGCGUUCGUAUAAAGAGUAUGCCUACAGCCCUGUACCAGCGAGUUCCUCUUCAGCGGCGUACGAUUCAGCCACCCCUCGGAGACAAUCGGACGAUAACGGUGACGGUUCAACGAGAUACAACGACCCGAGCAGUGUCCGCAAGUUCCUUCUCACCGACAUGACGGAGAAGGGCUCGACGAUACUCCAAUACGUCGCGGCUGCCGCAGCAAACCUGUGCACCGUGUCAGCCGGGGCUAUGAUAGGAUGGACGAGUCCUGUGCUGCCAAAUCUGCAGAAUAGCGUGAAGGACAACCCCCUUGGCAGAAAGAUCACUGGCGAUGAAAGCUCUUGGAUCGGGUCUCUGAUAGCCUUGGGAGCGGUGGUAGGCUGUUUCGCUGCCGCAUUUAUGUCGGAAAGGUGGGGUAGAAAACGAACGUUGCUGGGUGCCGUGGUACCGUUUCUGAUCGGUUGGAUCUUGAUAGCCUCAGCCAAGGUAGUGAUCCAGUUGUACGUGGCUCGACUGAUUCUCGGUUUCGCCAUGGCGUUCGCUUUCACGGUCGUUCCCAUGUACUGCGGUGAAAUCGCCGAGACGUCGGUCAGAGGAGCGCUGGGAUCCUUCCUGCAAUUGUUCAUCACCAUCGGUUUCCUGUACUCGUACUCGAUCGGCCCGUUCGUGUCCUACAUGGUGUUCUGGAUCCUCUGCGCGAUUCUGCCGAUAGUGUUCUUCGGCUGCUUCGUAACGAUGCCGGAAUCCCCGUAUUAUCUACUAAAAGUCGGCCGGAGGGAGGAAGCCAUCGCUGCGCUGGCCAGGCUGCGAGGCAAGUCCGCGGCUAGCGUUCAAAAGGAAGCUGCCGAGAUGCAGGGGGCCAUCGAGGAAGCUUUUAGAAACAAGGCCAGCAUCGCGGACCUGUUCAAUUCGAAGGCAAACUUCAAGGCUUUGAUCUAUACGUGCCUCCUCGUUGCGUUCCAGCAGCUUAGCGGUAUAAACGUGGUCCUGUUUUACAUGCAAGCCAUCUUCGAAAGCGCGGGAACUUUGCUAAAGACCUCGGUCGCCACCAUAAUCGUCGGGGUCGUUCAAGUGGUGGCCUCUUGCGUUACACCAAUAGUCGUCGACAGGCUCGGAAGGAGAAUGCUGCUGAUCAUCUCUGGUACCGGCGAGAUCGUAACACUGUGCGCCUUGGGUAUCUAUUUCUACCUAUUCGAUGCUCUGCAUUCGGACAUGACCAGCAUUUCGUUCCUUCCGAUUCUCUCUCUGGUGAUCUUCAUCUCGACGUACAGCGUGGGCUGGGGACCUCUUCCAUGGACCGUGAUGGGCGAGAUGUUCGCCUCGAACGUGAAAUCGAAAGCGUCCGGUGUCACUGUAUGCGUUUGCUGGCUGCUCGCCUUCUUCAUCACCAAAUUCUCCAGCAACCUGCAAGACGCGUUCGGCAACUACACGCUCUACUGGGUGUUCAGUGUGUUCUGCUUGAUAAGCGUGCUGUUCACGGUGUUCGUGCUACCCGAAACGAAGGGCAAGAGCUUGAAGCAAAUCCAGGACGAAUUGAACGGUGUCAGAGCCUCGGAUCUCGAAAUCAACAUGUCGGGAAAAUAUUGAAAGCGGUAUUACGAAUGAUUCACAGUGCGACAUUUUGUUUCAUGUUUUUCAAGUUCACGCGUCUUUAUACUGCCAAAUACCAAGAUCGCGGAUCUCGAUCUCGUACCCGGGACUCGAGACGAAUGGACGUUUAGGAUCGAGUCGACAACGCUCACGUGUUAUUACCUUUUAGGCCUAAGAAAAUCUACGCUAGAUGCCGAGAAAUACCGUUAUCGUUAUGGAAAAGAUGGAGGAUGGAACGCGGCGGAUUCGAGAAAGCAUCGCUCGAUCGCUGGCAACGUAUGUACGUGCAAGUUAUACACGCGUAGAACGACUAUUUUACGAGCUAGAUCUGCCGUCGUUCCGCCUCGUGUCUACGCAAUAAUUCUUUCUACGUCUAUUUAUUUCGUGAUAAGUUUUAGCCGUUCAAUAGUCUUGUACGUACAUAUGUAAGGUUUCAAUUACACAGCCCUACACUUCUCAACUAACGUUUAAUAUUUAACGCCAAACUAUAUUAUAUCGUGCAUGUUUCGCGUUUGUACGAAACGACUUUGUUCGAGAUGUUGGACGUUUCACAUCGCUCGAUCGCUGCGAUAUUACGAAAUCUGUCGUGUUGUUUGCGUAAACUAAUGGACGAGCGAAUUCUGCAGAUACGAUCGAUCUUUAUGCGGGAGAGGAAGUGCAGACGCCUUCUGGAUAGAGGGGGGAAAAGGAAAACGACGCAGUUGGAAUUUUUCGAGGUAAUCGCUCGACACCUUCGCGUGUAAACGCUCGCGGGGAAUUUCAGUGAUCGCGACGCGAUUAUGAAUAAUUCGAAAAGAUUUUAACGGAAACGAAAUAUGUAGAUCAGGAUAGCGAAAACCACUCGUUGCUGUCGCGACUGUUCGAGAAUUCCUGGAAUCCUGUGUUUCUCCGUGGAAUUUACACGUUAAAGUUUCUUCGCGUUUAGCGGGCAACGGAAUCGGAACGUUACACUACAAAAAUAGUGCUUUUUUGCUACUUGCUCGAGCUCUGGAAUCGCUUCGCGUCCUUCUCGUCUAGGAGGUGAUGCAUAAUUCAGACUCGAACGACUAAGAUAUCGGGCGCGAAGAAGCGUGUUUCCAUGGUCGAAUACUGUAAUUCCUUGAAAUUAUAUUUUAUAACGUUUUUUCUCUUCGAACGGACGGCGAUUGUAACUUACAGGAUAUUCGAAAAGGGGUCGAGCGGGAACGGUGCUACACUUGGGUCGAUUUUACGACGAUUCUUCAGUUUUCCGAGCAACAAAGUUUUGCGAAGAUCGUCACGAGUUACACUAACACUGAUUAUCAAGCAUAAUGUCAUUCGUAGCGUAACUUUCAUUGGAGUAUCGUUAGUAGUUAACGAAUCGCUCGUUGUCCUGUUUAUUUAAGCAAAUCCAACAAGGACUCUGUACUUAUCGCUCGAUGAUGUAUCAACGAUUGUAUCUUCUCUCGAUGCAGAGCGAAUGAUUUUAUUAUCCGAAUCGAUCGUAUCGAGGCCUAACGCGCGAUUAACGUUCCUCCAAUUGUUGGCUACCGCUAUACACUUUAUACGACUAUAGAUUACAAACGCGACAUAUCAUUUGUAUUUUGUUUGCAUUUAUACAUACCUUUAAACAUAGACAGAGAGAAAGGAAAUGUGCGAGCGUGUGUGUGCGUGCGUGUUUGUGGCCAAGUAAAAUGAGUGUGCCAAACGACUUUAUAAAAUUAAUUUAAUGCCAGUGGAAUGAAAAAGACAUAUCGAUCAACUUGUAGUUUAAUCGAAGGGAACGUAUUUUGCGACCGCACAAAUCUUUGGGGUAAAUCGCGGAUACAAUCGAACGCGAGGCACGCGCAAAGGAAAUGAUUCCGGUGUAUUCGACCUUGGACCGUUCGAAAGUGCUCGCGGAAUCGUAACGUUCAUAGAAUUAUAUUUUUUACGCAGCCUGCGAAGCUGUUUUACAACUAAAUAAAAUCAAUAGUCACGAUUAUCCGCUGGAUGGUAAGUUUAUGAUUUUAAUAGAGAAUGACAAAAUUUGUACAGAGAAACGAGAGCGUGUGAUAAUGUUAAAUAAUCAGGGUAUCGGGGGAAAUAAUUUGUUCGGAAAUUAUCCGUGUAAUUUUGGCCGAUGAUAUUCCAUGUUUCCUCUUGGAUUUUCGUCGUUCGUUGCGAUUGUACAUAUUAUAAUAUUACGCAUCUGUCGGAUACUGUAAUUACGAUAAUAACUUUUCUACACACUUGUUACGGCUAAAUAAAUUAUAACGUUGAAGUAUUA